GAAGAACAACAACUACGAAAGGGAAAAAACGAUGGUUUCCUCGUGCUGAUCGCGUCGCGGAAAAUGCAUAACUAGUGCCUCAGAGAAUACCAAACAAAGAAUUUGUGAUAUUUAUUUAUUUCUAGUUUUUUAAGUUUUUGAAAACACAAUGAAGGAUGUUGAAACAAGGACUACUGCGUCAAGGUUACACUUUUAUGGGUGCCUUUUACUAAUAUUUAUUUGGGCUAGUGAGGUCCGUACCGCCCAAAACAACACUUCGACCAGCCGAACAGAUCUGCCAGAAACCGGCCAUUGUAUUUGGUACGGACAAUGCAACCAGAAAAACGGUCUGAGUCAAAACUGCGUCUACAAUGGUACCGGAAAAGCGCUGAACAGUACAGGGGCGGCAAUUUUGAAAAGCUGGUGCCCCCAUAUGGAUCCUGGGAUGGUUUGUUGCGACGACACCCAAAUGAUGACUUUGGAUAAGAGCGUCAAUUUGGCGGCGAAUUUUUUGAAAAGGUGUCCAAGCUGUAUGUUCAAUCUAGUCAGAAGUAUAUGCGACUUGACUUGCUCUCCACAUCAAUCUACAUUUAUCGCAGUCAAAGAGACCAAAACUAAUGAGCAAACCAACAAAAGCUACGUUACAGCUGUCGAUUACUAUAUCACCCAGAAUUAUUUAGAGAAAACUUAUAAUUCAUGCAAACAGGUUUCUGUACCAUCAACAGGCCAAUUGGCUUUAGACUUGAUGUGCGGCAGUUGGGGUGCAUUACAAUGUACAGCAAACAGAUGGUUCGAGUUUAUGGGUACCGCAGGUCCGGCCAAUCCCUUUGUGCCUUUCCAAAUCAACUAUUUCAACACUUCGUCCACCGAUAAAGUCGGUAACUUUACGCCUGCCGAUCCGGCCAUCACGCCUUGCAAUCAACCGUUAAAUGCUGCAACUCCAGCUUGUAGUUGUGUGGACUGCGAAGCCAGCUGUCCGGUGCCGCCUCCGCAACCGCCCAAACCUCAACCAUUUGACAUUGCUGGUUUCGAUGGUAUGGCCUUCCUCAUGGUUGUAGUUUUCCUUGUCGGAUCUUCGAUGUUCCUAAUGGUGGUCUUACUUUGUCCCGCAGGGAAAGAUUUAGUUGGUCUGGUGGGUCAAGGGUCCGAAGAGAUGCGCGCCGCGGUCGGCAGGCGACUCGCUUCGGCCGAGUAUCACGCGAUGGCGCAAGGAGAGGCGAGUGCUGGCGAGGACAGUCCGUUACAGAGCAGCCACCGAUCCAGUAUUACGUCGGAUCUUGGUCACGAAAUGGACACGCAUUCUAUCAAUAAGAUUCCUGGAGAAUAUGAUGCCCCGUCGUCGUUCAUAGAAAGACUGGGAGCCAACACAGACUCGUACCUACAAAAAUUCUUCGAAAAAUGGGGCACCGUUUGCGCGGAACGCCCCUGGCUGGUACUUUUCAUAGGCGCCUGCGUCGUCGUCAGCUUAGGACACGGAGUUAAAUACCUAAAAAUUACAACAGAUCCAGUCGAGCUUUGGGCCUCGCCAUUUUCGCGCAGUCGAGUAGAAAAAGAAUAUUUUGAUUCACAUUUCAACCCCUUUUACCGUAACGAACAAAUCAUCAUUAGAGCAAGAAAUCUAUCAAACAUUACUCAUCCUACAUCGACAGGCACUAUAGUUUUUGGGCCUGCCUUCAAUGACACCUUCCUAAAAGAAGUUUUGCAACUGCAAGAGAAAAUCAAAGCUCUAGGACAAGGCACUGAAUACUCGUUGGAUCAAAUUUGCUUCACCCCCUUGAAAAAUCCAGGCGAUGAGCCUACUUUAGACCAGUGCGUUAUUCAAAGUUUGUGGGGCUACUGGCAAAAUGAUGUAGACACUUUUGACGAAACCGAUAUUGAUCCUGCUGGUUUUGAAAUCAAUUAUUUGGACACCGUUUUGAAAUGCACAGCAAAUCCUUAUAAUACAGAUUGUUUGGCUCCGUAUGGGGGCCCCAUUGAACCGUCAAUAGCACUUGGAGGUUUUUUGAAACCAGGAGAAAAUUUAGCUAAAAAUCCUCAUUUUGAAGAGGCCAAUACAAUAAUACUCACUUUCUUAGUGAAUAAUUAUCAUAACAAGUCUAGAAUAGCUCCAGCAAUGGAGUGGGAGAAGUUGUUUGUGCAAUUUAUGCAAGAUUUUAUUGCAAAUAAUGCCUCUGAGCAUAUGGAUAUUGCUUUUACUAGUGAAAGAUCUAUAGAAGAUGAAUUGGAUAGAGAAUCUCAAGGCGAUGUCAUAACCAUUUUGGUUUCUUAUUUGAUUAUGUUUGCCUACAUUGCGGUGUCACUGGGACAAGUUAACAGCUGCUCUCGAUUGCUGAUUGACAGUAAAGUGACUUUGGGCUUGGGCGGAGUCACUAUAGUGCUAGCCUCUGUGGUUUCUUCUGUGGGCUUGUUUGGAUUUGUUGGCACGCCUGCUACGUUGAUUAUAAUUGAAGUUAUUCCGUUUUUGGUUUUGGCUGUUGGAGUGGACAAUAUUUUUAUAUUAGUUCAAACCCAUCAAAGAGAUCACAAAAAACCAGGAGAAACCAGCGCGCAACACAUCGGACGCACCCUAGGACAAGUCGGUCCCAGUAUGUUACUGACCAGCGUCUCAGAAAGUUGCUGCUUCUUUUUGGGAAGUUUAAGCGACAUGCCUGCAGUCAGAGCUUUUGCCUUAUACGCUGGUAUGGCCUUGCUUUUUGACUUUUUACUGCAAAUCACUUGUUUUGUUAGCUUGCUGUCUCUGGAUACAAUCAGACAAAGUACCAACAGGUUUGAUAUUUUUUGUUGCCUUAAAGGCUCUAAGAAAAACGAACCAGAUGCCCUCACAAGUCAAGAAGGGCUUUUAUUUACAUUUUUCAAGUCUAUUUAUGUACCACUAAUAAUGAAGAAGCCUGUAAGAUGUUUGGUAAUGGUUGUUUUCUUCGGCUGGCUUUGUUCUUCCAUAGCAGUUGUUCCACACAUAGAAAUUGGUUUGGAUCAAGAACUUUCCAUGCCCGAAGACUCAUUUGUCCUAAAAUACUUCAAAUCCUUAAAAGACUAUCUAAGCAUUGGACCUCCAAUGUAUUUUGUUGUAAAAAACGGCCUCAACUACUCAAAUUAUAAAGACCAAAAUUUAAUUUGCGGAGGGCAAUAUUGUGACUUGGAUUCUCUCACUACUCAAGUUUACAUGGCUAGUAAAACACCUGAGAAUACUUUCAUAGCCAAGCCCAGUAGCAGUUGGUUGGACGAUUAUUUCGAUUGGUCAGCUAUUAGUGAAUGCUGCAAGUACCACGAAGCUGAUGGCAGUUUUUGUCCACAUGAAGAUUCCUCCUGUAAAAAAUGUAACAUACCACUUAAUUCAACAACCAACCGUCCACUGUCUGAAAAACAAUUUGACCAUUACGUUUCAUUUUUCCUAAAUGACAAUCCUGAUGCAAGUUGCGCUAAAGCGGGCCACGCAGCUUACGGCCAAGGCGUCAACUAUGAGACCAAUCACAGUACGCAAUUGUCUAAAGUAGGAGCCAGCUACUUUAUGUCUUAUCACACUAUAUUGAAAACUUCUGCUGAUUAUUAUGAGAGUAUGCGGGCUGCUAGAGUGAUAUCUGCCAAUCUUACUAAAACUAUUGGUGUCGAAGUAUUUCCUUAUUCAGUGUUUUACGUAUUCUACGAACAAUAUCUUACAAUGUGGCCAGAUACAUUGCAAAGCCUUGGAGUGUCUUUGUUAGCAAUAUUCCUGGCCACUUUUCUACUAAUGGGCCUGGAUAUAUUUUCCAGUAUUGUAGUGCUAAUAACCAUUACGAUGAUUUUGGUGAAUCUUGGAGGGUUGAUGUACUGGUGGCACAUAACUCUCAAUGCAGUUUCUCUGGUCAAUCUUGUAAUGGCGGUUGGAAUAAGUGUGGAAUUUUGCUCGCACUUGGUGCACAGUUUUUCAGUGUCGGUGAAACCUACUAGAGUGGAGCGAGCUGCUGAUUCCCUAGCAAAAAUGGGCAGUUCGAUAUUUUCGGGGAUUACUUUGACGAAGUUUGGAGGAAUUAUUGUACUGUACUUUGCUAAAUCGCAGAUUUUCAAAGUUUUUUACUUCAGGAUGUAUCUUGGGAUUGUACUGUAUGGAGCGGCACAUGGGCUAAUAUUUUUGCCAGUACUACUCAGUUUUAUUGGAAGUCCCAUGAAUAAGGAAAAAUUGGCCAAGCACAGGAAUUUAAACGGCGACCAUUUCCAGGAAACGCAUUUCGGCAGAGCCUGAUGACACAAAAGAAGAAACUUUCGGUUGCGGCGCAUGCGCAGCUCGCCGGCGGCCCUCUGGAGGGAUCAGAGGAACAAUCUGUCGCUACGCCCCUCUUGCAACCGUCUACGUCCCGACAAAGUUACCACUCUUUAAGACAAAACGAUCGCUGAUCUUUUGUGCCUUUAAAUCUUUGUUAAUGAAAAUUCGAGAGCCAAAAAUCGAUUUGUCAGUAAUCGUAUUGUCUCAAAGAGUCUUAUGUGAUAUUUAUAGGGGCGCAAUAUUCCUUUAGUUUAUUGUUUCUAGCUUUUAAUAUGUUGAAAAUAUGAAAAUGAUUUAAUUAAAUAAAAAAAGUAUUAGGUUUAAUGUUGGGAAAAAUUUAUGUAUUGAAAAGUCGCAGGCAUGUGCAAAGUGAGUAUCGAAUAGGUUUGAAAAAAAAAUGGAACGCAGUUACUUAUAACCCUCUUUCAAGACUGUGAGCUAGAAAUCUCUUUUGAACAGUUUUUAGUGGUUGCGUCCAAUUUCUUGUAUUAAUUUUUACUUCAUCUUAGUAUUCACAUUCCAUAAUACUUAGAGCAGGUAUAAUCAGUGUACUAUGGAGAUAAGGAGUAGAAACUUUACCUGCUCUAAGCCAUAAGAGCUCUGUUUAUUUUAUUUUUUUGUGUUUGCAAAUUCUAUAAUAUUGUAUUUUUUCUAAGGUUUUUGUGUAUUUAUGUAAUAUUUCUUACUUAAAAACAACAUGUACAGGUCUUUUUGUGUAAAAAAUACAUUGUGUAUUUUUUAAAAAUUUGCCUUUUAUUUUUUAAUAAUAAUCAAUUACCUUAAACUAAUCUUAAAUAGGUAUGGGUACUUCUUUGGCCACAGCUAACAAAGUUUGUUCAGUAUUCCAUCCGACAUUUCUAAUAUCCUUUGAAAUCGUACACCACAAUUCGCCGUGGUGUGGUUCGGCGGCCAAGCACCUCUCUUUGACCUCUUGCUGUUUUUCUUUGGUACCGUGCAGUUGCUCGAAACGGUACCAACUGGCCCAGGCGUCCCCCAAAUCUGGAUCCAAUUUUAGGGCUCUUUGGAACCACUCUCUGCACUUGUUGACUUUUCUUUCGGACCAAAACAGUUUGCUGACAGCUAGCAGGACUUGUGGGUCGUGUUCGCA